GAGGUAGGUGAUGCACUUGGUAGUCCAUUACCUACGUACAGAGAGCUGUACGCCCAUUUACCGUUUUUUAAAUCGUACCUAUAUUGCAUAGUCACUGCUGCGAACCUAGUCCGGGCGGCUAGUCGCGCGUCGUUCGAUCGCCGUAAGUACCUGUAUAAAGUACGUGCCGAGAAACUCAAACCGAUCAAAUCUCGUGAUCUACAUUGUUUUUUUUUUUUAUUCAUUUUGUUACUUAGAUUACCUAUUCGUGUCGUAAUAUUUUUGGUCUCACGAUUUUCACGUUCGGAUCACAAACGUACACGUAAUCGUAAUAGAAUGUACAGGUAGGUAGGUCGUAUCGGUGUUUCGCGGUCGUCGGGACGUAUAGUGCGCGGUGAUCUCGAAAAAUCGUCGAUUGUUUCGCUUUCAUGUCAUACGACUACAUACCGAGUAUAGAGGAAGUAGGCAAGUAAAUCUAAUAAUUUACAAACGAAAAAAAGAAUUCGUUCGACGUAUACUGGGACGGAGAUGCGCGAGUGUACAUGAAAUCCGGCUAAACCCGCGCAGACCUGCGGUGGCGGCGACAGACUGUGUUUUGAAAAGAGAAAUAAGCGGAAAAUGGUUCAUCAUCGAUCGUCGCUAACUUCAACAACCAAAACCGUUCCUAUUAUCAACAACUGUGAUUCGUGAAGACUAGUGAUAAUUUUUCGGGUUCUGUUAUUAUUUUGUAGAUAUUUAGUAUUAGUUAUUGUAUAAUGUUAUUAUUAUUAUGCGUUUUUUAAAUGUCGUGAAAAUGUUCUGUUAUAGAAUUCACUCGACGUGGUUUUUUUUGUGUUAAAACGGAUGGUACAACGGUUCCCGCCCUUUCCUUUAGAUUACCCGGUCGACCUUUGAACAAAACACCCACCCGUGAAUCACUUACAUGGAAAAGCCACUUGAUUGGUACGCUGAAGCAAAGUCUGUGAUUGAGAGCGAGAUAUCCCUGUUGAAUCAUAUUAGUAUAUCGUCUUUGAUAGCUUCUGACGGUGUAUAUUUGAAUAUUGAAACACUUGAAAAACAACAAUUUUGUGUGCUCUUGAACAAACAAGGAUUUCGAGUUGUCGCCAAAGCCUUUGAUCAAGAUACCAACAACUCGCAACUCUGUUACGAAACUCAUUUUGCACUAUUGUCUAAUAUCAGCAAAGGCUAUUGUCAACGAUUCAAUGAGUUAGUAGCUUUUAAAUUGAACGAAGUUGCUAGGUCAUGCAAAGAUACAGAUAAUCAAAUAGCAAAAUCUUAAGCAAAAUGGCUACUAAUGAUAUCAGACCCGCUGUUGAAGAACAGAUUGAAUCUACACUUGAAAAAGAUGUUGCUACUGAAAAAGACAUCUCAAUUGCUGAACAAGAUGAUCUUCAAGCCAAAGAAAAAGAGAAGAAACUUGGACAUAGAAGAGUGGGUGUUGAUGGAGAAAUCACCUAUAAGAAAAUUCAAACUGGUCAAAUUAUGGGUUCAAUACAACUGGGAAUACAGCAUGCAGUAGGAGGCCUUGCUUCAAAGCCUGAACGUGAUUUGCUUAUGCAAGAUUUUAUGACCGUUGAAACAACAGUGUUUCCAAGUGAUGGAACUAAUCACACUCCAGCUCACCACUAUCCAGAGUUUAUUUUUAAGACAUACGCUCCAAUUGCAUUCCGUUAUUUCAGAGACUUAUUCGGUAUUCAACCAGAUGAUUAUCUUAUAUCGUUUUGUAACUCACCACUUCGUGAAUUGUCCAACCCGGGUGCUAGUGGGUCAAUAUUUUACCUCACACGGGAUGAUGAAUUUAUUAUGAAAACUGUACAGCACAAGGAAGGUGAAUUUUUACAAAAACUACUUCCUGGAUACUACAUGAAUUUGAAUCAGAAUCCAAGAACUUUGUUGCCAAAAUUUUUCGGUCUUUAUUGUUAUCAAUGCAAUUCAAAAAACAUUAGAUUAGUAGCUAUGAACAAUUUACUACCUUCUAACAUAAAAAUGCACCAAAAGUAUGAUCUGAAAGGUUCGACUUACAAAAGAAAAGCUUCCAAAGAUGAAAGACAAAAGUCAUCGCCUACAUUUAAAGAUUUAGACUUUAAAGAACACCAUCCCGAUGGUAUUUUUUUGGAGCCAGAUACUCACUCAGCUCUUCUCAAAACUAUGCAAAGAGAUUGUCGUGUACUAGAAAGUUUUAAAAUAAUGGAUUACAGUCUUUUAGUGGGUGUUCAUAAUGUCGACCUUGCUCAGAGAGAGAAAGAAGAACGAAGAGUGGCACGGUUACGUAAAGCUGUUGAUGCUGAUACUUUAUCAGAAACGUCUACUCUAAGUCGAACAGCUGAAGCUAAUCGGCAGCGUUUAAUGGCUCAUUCAACAGCGAUGGAAAGUAUUCAGGCAGACACUGGAACUUCAUCUGAUGAAGAUUGUGCUUCGCCUAGAGGUGGCAUACCUGCUAGAAGUGGAAGUGGUGAUAGCUUAUUACUAUUUGUUGGAAUUAUUGAUAUAUUACAAAGUUAUCGACUAAAGAAAAAACUAGAGCAUACGUUCAAAGCCAUCAUACAUGAUGGUGACUCUGUUUCUGUACAUAGACCUGAUUUCUAUGCCACUAGAUUUUUGGACUUUAUGACCAAGUCUGUGUUCAAGAAACUUUUGUGUCCUCUAAAACGCUCACCAUCCAAGCGACGUAGCAUGUCACGUACACGUACGCGUGAUCAAACUGAUGCAGAAGGCACAUUUUCCACAUGUUCAACACCACCUCCAGCAUUUGAGGAUGCUAUUCGUCGUGAUUUUGUAUAUGACAAACGUUCCAGCAUGACUCGCAUACGUCGUCCAUCUCCAGGAUUGCGCACUGAUGGUCCUUCUGGCUCGUCGCACGCCGGCGAGAGUAAGUCGUCUACAUUGAGUGUGGGAUCGGGCAGCACUACAUCUGGCAUCGGGGGUUCAGCAGGCAGACAAUCUGUGGAAGCCACAUGGACGGAAGGUACACCUAGCUACACGGAGUCUUCAAGCAGCGCCGACAUGGCUUCGGAUACCAUACAAAUGGCUAUUUUGGGGGGUGAUCUUAAAUCAUUAGAAAUGACACACUUAUAAGUUAUUGAAUGUUACUUAUAGUCUAAUCGGAACAGAUUUUAUUGGAUUUAAACUUAAUAAUUAUUUAUCUAGAUUGAGCUAAACCUGAAUAGUCAGUAUACCAAGAUUUAAUUAACUAUUACUAGUGUAGGAUAUCUUUCAUUUGAAUGUAUGUAUUUUUACAUAACAAUUUUUAAUUUUUCUUUCAUUGUGAAAUGCACUUUGAUGAUUGCUUAUCAAAAUUAGAACAGUAUUAUUAAGUCACUUACUCAUUCGAUAUAUGCUAUUAGAUAGUAUUGUGUAGACAAGCAUUAAUGUGAUUAAAAAACUCGCCAAUUUCGAACAAAGAUCUGCUAAAGUUAUAUGAUCCGAUUGGACUGUGAAAUUUGACAAAUUGUUUUUAUUUAUUUUUUAAAAAAUUGUAUAGCUGCUGAGCCCCUUUUGUUGGAUCUCUUAAUAAUAAGGCCAAAAACCUAAAAUAUAAUUAUAAAAGACAAAUUUAAAUGCUUCUGAAUAGAAUAUUAUUUAGACACAGCACAAAAUUCUCACUUUUCAACAUUUAAAAAAUUUUUGUUUCAUUUUUAUUAGUUUUUAUUAUUAUUUAUAUAAUGACUAAAAAAAAAACUCAAUGUUUUAUACACUUAUAUUGUUUAUUAUAGAUGGUACCACUUUGGUUGAGAACCGCUUCCAGCGGAUGAAACUCAAUGUGAUGGCUCGUGUAUUUAGGUUAUCACAAACUGAAAAAUAACCUAACUUAGGUUUAAAUAAUAAAUAAUUAUAAAUAAAUGUUAUUUAUUACUAUUAUUACUACUAUUAUUAUAAUUAUUAUUAUUAUUAUUAUUAUUAUUAUUAAAUAUUAUUAUAAUUAUUGA